UUCUUUCUUUUUUAUAAAGCACAGUAGCUUGGCUCAGGGACAGCACUGAAUGGUAAUAGAGUCGGAUGCCAACACAACCAUGGGAAAGAUCAUUUUUUACGAAGACAGAAACUUCCAAGGGCGCUCUCAUGAGUGCAACAGCGACUGUGCCGAUCUUCACACCUAUUUCAACAGAUGCAACUCCAUCAGGGUGGAGAGUGGCUGCUUCAUGGUGUAUGAGAGGCCCAACUACAUGGGCAAUCAGUACUAUCUGAGGAGAGGAGAGUACUCUGAUAACCAGCGUAUGAUUGGCAUUAAUGACUGUGUCAGAUCUUGCCGUAUGAUCCCCCAGCACCAGGGUUCCUACAGGAUGAGGCUUUACGAGCGUGCUGACAUGACCGGGCAGAUGCAUGAGCUGGUCGAUGACUGUCCAAAUGUCCAAGACCAACUCAGCAUGUCUGAUUUCAACUCCUGCAAUGUGAUGGACGGCCACUGGCUACUGUACGACCAACCUAACUACAAGGGCAGAGUGUACUACCUGAGGCCUGGAGAGUAUCGGAGGUACAGUGACUGGGGAGGCAUCAGCCCAAGGAUCGGCUCCAUCAGAAGAAUCACUGACUUCAACUGAAGUCAAGCUUCAUUUAAAUGCAUCUUUCAAUGACUUGAAUUGUCUGUAUUCCCAAUAAACUUUAACUGCUUAAUAAAA